AAAGGUAGGGGAGAAAGGAAUCGUUCAAGUAGACGAACUCCAGAUUUCAAUAAUUGCUCAUUUCAACAGCCCUUCUCAUCUUUUGUUAGGUGGUUGCUUCAAAAUCAAUCACUUCUUUUUUCACAUUAACCCAUUUCAGGUUGAUUCUCCUUUUCCCUUCUAUGUGCAACUUUUGGGUUUUUGUUGAAUGCUCUUUUUAAGAAGAAAGUUGAUGCCUUUGAUUGGAAAGUCAAGGGUUUUGUUUAAAUGGGCACAUGGGUUGUUCUUGAAUCUUUGUUCUCUGUUUUCUAUUUAGGGGUUAAUUUGUUACAUCAUUUCUGUACAGAUUUUAAUAAUCUUUUAAAAAAUUGCUAAAUUUAUAGUACUUACCAGUUGUCAAUUCUUUUAGAAUAAUAAUUCCAAUGCUGCGGUGUCAGCUGGAACGAAACAGAGGGCUCUGCUGAUUAAGAACUUGGGGUUGGAAUAAUGGCUAUAGAGAAUGCCCCAAAUGGGGAGACAGAGUUACAGGCAGCAGGCACAUCGAAAAGCCAGGAGGACGCUGGAAAAGGACCAGAGGGGACAAGCAAACCCACUGAGAAAACCAACACGGUCCCAUUUUACAAGCUGUUCUCUUUUGCUGAUUCGACAGAUUGGUUGUUAAUGCUUGUUGGAACCAUCGGUGCCAUCGGAAAUGGGCUGUGCAUGCCUCUGAUGACUAUAAUAUUUGGUGACCUCGUUAAUGCCUUUGGCCAGAACCAGAACAACAGUGAAAUUGUUCAUGUGGUUUCUAAGAUGUCUCUUAAAUUUGUUUACCUGGCAAUUGGGUCUGCUGCAGCAGCAUUUCUUCAGGUAAGUUGUUGGAUGGUCACAGGAGAAAGGCAGGCGGCUCGGAUAAGGGGCUUGUACUUGAAAACUAUAUUGAGACAAGAUGUUGCCUUUUUUGAUGUGGAAACGAACACAGGAGAGGUUGUGGGAAGGAUGUCUGGUGACACUGUUCUCAUACAAGAUGCAAUGGGCGAGAAGGUUGGGAAAUUCUUACAACUAAUGGCUACCUUUAUUGGAGGCUUUGUGAUUGCAUUUAUCAAGGGAUGGCUUCUUGCACUUGUCAUGUUGACUUCUAUUCCUCUUCUUGGAGUAGCUGGUGGUGCCAUGGCCAUAGCAAUUUCAAAGAUGUCAUCCCGUGGACAAAAUGCUUAUGCGAAAGCAGCAACUGUUGUGGAACAGACAAUUGGUGCUAUCAGAACAGUUGCAGCUUUCACUGGAGAGAAGCAAGCCAUAAGCAACUACAACAAGUUUCUUGUUACUGCUUACAAUUCAGGUGCUUAUGAAGGCCUUGUAACUGGACUUGGUCUUGGUGUAGUUAUGUUAGUCAUUUUCUGCAGUUAUGCUUUGGCUAUAUGGUUUGGUGGCAAAAUGAUUCUAGAAAGAGGAUACAAUGGUGGUGAAGUACUUAAUGUGAUUAUUGCUGUGUUAACUGGUUCCAUGUCUCUGGGGCAAGCAUCUCCUUGCAUGAGUGCAUUUGCUGCUGGUCAAGCUGCAGCCUAUAAGAUGUUUGAGACUAUUGAAAGGAAGCCAGCUAUAGAUUCUUAUGACACAAGUGGGAAAAUACUGGAGGACAUCCGUGGAGACGUAGAGUUGAGGGAUGUUUACUUCAGUUACCCAGCUAGACCUGAUGAGCAAAUAUUUAGUGGAUUCUCUCUUUUCAUUUCUAGUGGCACAACAGUUGCUUUGGUUGGACAAAGUGGAAGUGGAAAAUCAACAGUAAUAAGUCUAAUAGAGAGAUUUUACGAUCCACAUGCUGGUGAAGUUCUUAUUGAUGGCAUUAACCUCAAGGAGUUUCAGCUAAAAUGGAUAAGGGGAAAGAUUGGCCUCGUCAGCCAGGAACCUGCAUUGUUUACUGGCAGUAUCAAAGAUAAUAUUGCAUAUGGAAAGGAAGGUGCAACAACUGAAGAGAUAAGAGCUGCUGCUGAACUUGCAAAUGCAGCCAAAUUUAUAGACAAACUACCUCACGGACUAGACACCAUGGUUGGUGAGCAUGGUGCACAGCUCUCUGGUGGACAAAAGCAGAGAGUUGCAAUUGCAAGAGCUAUUCUAAAAGAUCCACGCAUUUUACUUUUAGAUGAAGCUACAAGUGCACUGGAUGCAGAAUCCGAGAGGAUAGUGCAAGAGGCAUUAGAUAGAAUUAUGGGCAAUCGAACUACAGUCAUUGUUGCCCAUCGUUUGAGCACUGUCCGAAAUGCAGAUAUGAUUGCAGUUAUUCACCGGGGAAAGAUGGUUGAAAAAGGGCCACAUACUGAACUUCUCCAGGAUCCUGAUGGAGCUUACUCUCAGCUUAUUCGUUUGCAAGAAGUGAAUAAAGAGUCAGAAGAGGGGGCAGAUGACCAAAGCAGAUCAGAUAUUACUGUGGAAUCUAUUAGACAAUCAAGCACAAGAAUUUCAUUGAAGCGAUCAAUCAGUCCAGGAUCAUUUGGAGUAGAAAACAGCAGUCGUCGCUCCUUUUCAGUUUCUUUUGGCUUACCAACUGGGAUAAAUGUUGAAACUGCAGUGGCCGAUGAAGAGGCCCCUUCUGCAUCACCACCAGAGAAUCCUCCUGUCCCACUUAGUCGCCUUGUUGCUCUCAACAAGCCAGAAAUUCCUGUUCUUCUACUUGGAAGCAUAGCUGCAAUUGUCAAUGGGGCAAUACUUCCCAUUUUCGGUAUACUGAUCUCAAACGUGAUCAAGACAUUCUAUAAACCACCUGAUGAACUGAAAAAGGAUGCAAGCUUUUGGGCACUGAUAUUUGUUUCCCUUGGCGUGGCAUCAUUAUUAGCAUAUCCAGCAACAACAUACUUAUUUGCUGUAGCUGGAUCAAAAUUAAUCCAACGAAUCAGAUCAAUGUGUUUUCAGAAAGUUGUUCACAUGGAGGUUGGCUGGUUUGAUGAACCUGCACACUCAAGCGGUGCAAUUGGUGCAAGGCUCUCAGCUGAUGCAGCAACAGUACGUGCUCUUGUUGGAGAUGCCCUAUCUCAGAUGGUGCAAAACCUUGCAUCAGCAGUUGCUGGUUUGGUUAUUGCUUUCACUGCAAGUUGGCAGUUGGCUUUAAUUAUCCUCGUACUACUUCCUUUGAUAGGGGUCAAUGGAUAUGUUCAAGUAAAGUUCAUGAAGGGAUUUAGUGCAGAUGCAAAGGCAAUGUAUGAGGAAGCAAGCCAAGUUGCUAAUGAUGCAGUUGGGAGUAUAAGAACAGUUGCUUCAUUUUGUGCUGAGGAAAAAGUGAUGCAACUAUAUAGAAGGAAAUGUGAAGGCCCUCUGAACUCAGGGAAAAGGCAGGGGUUGAUUAGUGGGGCAGGAUUUGGACUUUCUUUCUUCUUACUUUUUUCUGUUUAUGCAACGAGCUUUUAUGCAGGAGCUCAACUGGUUAAGAGUGGAAAGACAACAUUCUCAGAUGUUUUUCGAGUUUUCUUCGCUUUGACUAUGGCAGCUGUAGCAGUUUCUCAGUCAAGCUCCUUUGCUCCUGAUUCCGGCAAAGCCAAGGUUGCCGCUGCUUCCAUAUUUUCUAUUAUUGACCGGAAAUCUAAGAUAGACCCAAGUGAUGAUUCUGGGAUGACAUUAGACAAUGUGAAAGGAGAAAUUGAGCUUCAGCAUGUCAGCUUUAAGUAUCCACUAAGGCCAGAUAUUCAGAUUUUCCGAGACUUGACCCUGGCUAUUCGUGCUGGCAAGACGGUUGCUUUAGUAGGAGAAAGUGGGAGUGGAAAAUCGACAGUUAUAGCACUGUUGCAAAGAUUUUAUGACCCUGAUUCGGGUCGUAUUACUCUAGAUGGUGUUGAAAUCCAAAAGCUACAAUUAAAGUGGCUCAGACAGCAAAUGGGACUUGUGAGCCAAGAACCAGUUUUGUUUAAUGAGACAAUUCGAGCAAACAUUGCAUAUGGCAAGGAAGGAAAUGCAACUGAGGCUGAAAUUUUGGCUGCGGCAGAGUUAGCCAAUGCCCACAAAUUCAUCAGUGGGUUACAACAGGGUUAUGAUACCAUGGUAGGAGAGCGCGGGGUUCAGUUAUCAGGUGGACAGAAACAGCGUGUAGCCAUUGCGCGUGCUAUUGUUAAAAAUCCAAAGAUUUUGCUACUAGAUGAGGCUACAAGUGCCUUAGAUGCUGAAUCUGAGCGAGUGGUUCAGGACGCACUAGAUCGAGUCAUGGUUAACCGCACCACAGUUGUUGUUGCACAUCGGUUGUCCACCAUCAAGAAUGCAGAUGUUAUUGCUGUUGUUAAAAACGGGGUUAUUGUUGAGAAAGGAAAACAUGAUACCCUGAUAAACGUCAAAGAUGGGUUCUAUGCCUCCUUAGUAGCACUUCACACCAGUGCUUCGACCUCAUAAUUAAGCUUGUAAUUCAGUAAUUAUCCCACCGAAUCCCUUUUUUUUAUUUUAUUUUUUAUUUUUGGGUAAUAAAGUUAAAUCCUCUUCAUAUUUAGAUAGAUGUUAUUAUAGUCUUGUGAACCAAAACCCCUCACUCCCUGAGUGGUGGUAAUGAGAAAUAUGAAUUACAUUUCAAAUACUAGUUUAAAUUUUUUUUAUUAUUUAUUAAUACAAAUAACUUUAAUAG